ACAUAAGACAAACGGUUGUGCAAACCACUAUCAAACCAUAGAAGAAGUCCACUUAAAGCGUCACAUCAACACCAAGCGGGAAGGAGCGGGCUGGUAGUGGCGAAGCGGUGUGAGCUGCAUCUGUUUUCUUGUAUUGUUUAGCUAGCAAAAUAGCUAGCAAGCUAGUUAAAAUAGGAGCAACUCAAAACUCAACAUGCCGCGGGAAAUAAUAACGCUUCAGCUUGGACAAUGUGGAAAUCAGAUCGGGUUCGAGUUUUGGAAGCAGCUGUGCGCAGAACAUGGCAUCAGCCCUGAAGGCAUUGUGGAGGAGUUUGCAACUGAAGGAACCGACAGAAAGGACGUGUUCUUCUAUCAGGCUGAUGAUGAGCACUACAUCCCCCGUGCAGUUCUCCUGGAUCUGGAGCCUCGUGUGAUCCACUCUAUCCUUAACUCCCCUUAUGCAAACCUGUAUAACCCAGAGAACAUCUACCUGUCUGAGCAUGGUGGAGGCGCUGGAAACAACUGGGCCAGUGGAUAUUCACAGGGCAAAAAAAUUCAAGAAGAUAUCUUUGAUAUCAUUGACCGAGAGGCAGAUGGCAGCGACAGUCUGGAGGGAUUUGUCUUGUGUCAUUCAAUUGCUGGGGGGACUGGUUCGGGGCUGGGUUCAUACCUGCUGGAGAAACUCAAUGACAGGUACCCAAAAAAGCUGGUGCAGACUUACUCUGUUUUCCCAAACCAGGAUGAGAUGAGUGAUGUGGUUGUUCAGCCGUACAACUCGCUGCUCACGCUGAAGAGGCUCACCCAGAACGCAGACUGCGUGGUGGUGCUGGAUAACACGGCUCUAAAUCGCAUCGCCACAGACAGGCUGCAUAUCCAGAAUCCCUCAUUCUCCCAGAUCAAUCAGCUGGUUUCCACAAUCAUGUCUGCAAGCACAACCACCCUGCGCUACCCAGGCUAUAUGAACAACGACCUUAUUGGUCUGAUUGCUUCUCUCAUCCCAACACCCCGUCUCCACUUCCUCAUGACUGGGUACACACCUCUCACUACUGACCAGUCGGUUGCUAGUGUGAGGAAAACCACAGUGCUGGAUGUGAUGAGGAGGCUUCUGCAGCCCAAGAACGUGAUGGUGUCCACAGGCAGAGAGAGGCAGCCCAGCCACUGCUACAUCGCCAUCCUCAACAUCAUCCAGGGGGAAGUUGACCCUACACAGGUACAUAAAAGCCUCCAGAGGAUCCGGGAGCGCAAACUUGCCAACUUCAUUCCCUGGGGUCCUGCCAGCAUCCAGGUGGCUUUGUCCAGGAAGUCCCCUUACCUGCCCUCAGCUCACAGAGUCAGCGGCCUGAUGAUGGCCAACCACACAAGCAUCUCCUCUUUGUUUGAGCGGACGUGCAGGCAGUAUGACAAACUGCGUAAACGAGAGGCCUUCCUGGAGCAGUUCCGCAAAGAGGACAUGUUCAAGGACAACUUUGAUGAGCUGGACAAUUCUCGCGAAGUUGUCCAGCAGCUGGUGGACGAGUACAGCGCAGCAACACGUCCUGACUACAUUUCCUGGGGCACACAAGAACAGUGAACAGACUUUAUCUAGUGUCUCUGCUAUAAUGCGGUCAGCAUAUACAUGCUUAGUUUGUCCCAUAUUACUUCUCCACAAUUCUCAAGAAAUGUUUGACUAUAGGUGCUUUUCUGAAAAAAUAUUUAUUGGUUUAUUGAAGCAUGUAAUUUUAGUGUUUGUCUUAAAAAGAAAACACUGCAGGCUUAAUAUUAACAUCAACUCUCAUUAUAUUAACCAAAGUGUUUUCCUGAAUCAUAUCCUGAAGAUUUUUCACCUGAUGUGAACUUUUUUCCAUGUCCUCACCAAAUUCUUUAACACUUGUUUUGUUCUCCUUUACUGCACCACUUGUAGAAUAUUUUUUUCCAUUAUCUUAAGCGAUCUAAAGCAACAUGUUGCCUUGUUUUGGUCUAAUUUUAUACAAAGUACAGUAGUUUGGUUUUUGUGCAGGUGAUUUACAGUGAAACGCCAACAGCCUACAAAACGACUGCCUUCAACAAUGGUGACAAGGAGGACGCAGAAUGCAUAGUGCGAUGGUUAAUUUAGGUUUCAUCAUACCUCACAUGAUGCAAUUUGCCAUCUGUCUGCUGCUGACACAGUGCUCAUGUCACUACUGUACAUGAUCAACAAGAAUGUCAAGUUAAAGUUGGACUUGAGCCACAAAUGAUGUUAAAAUAACUGCCACUUGAACGGCAUUGGUAUUUUAACAGCUUUUGUCCUCAAGUAAUAGUUUGCACAGAUGAACACUGUGUACAAGGUUAAAACUGGUUUUAACACUUUGUCUAUGUCUGUAAAUAUAUAAGAGUAGUUGCUAGGUAUCCUGUACGGUAAAUAUACUGUUCCAUGUUUGCUUUGCUCGUUGGACCCGUUUAAGAUGAAUAAACACAUUUUUCUAU